AUGCCACCGACCAUGCCACCUACACGGCGCCAAGUGAAUGUGCUCAUCACCGGCUUCGGCCCGUUUAUGUCGGUGGUUACCAACCCGUCCUGGCUAUCCGUCAAGCCGUUGCACAACAUGCGACUCUGCUCCACCACCCCCGACAGAACCUCUGAGUCUGGGGAGGGUGUGCGGAUUCAGACGCUGCAGGUACCCGUGCACUACUCGUCCGUUCUCGACCUGGUCCCGCGCCUGCACGGCCGCACUCCCCGCUCCGGCACAUUCUGGCACGAUCCUCGCCUGGACUCCCCCCACGGCGGCACUGCAGGCCAGGUGUAUCCCGAUGGCUAUCCCAUCGACCAUCCUGCCUCGGGAUACGAUGUCGUUAUCCAUGUCGGCGUAGGUCGAGGCGGCAGUAUCCGGCUAGAAUCCCUGGCUCACAAACACAGCUACGACAAGCCGGAUACCGCCUCCUCCCUCGCCCCUUCCCUCUCCCCCUCCAGACGCGGAUUCGGAGAGGGGUACGAAGAGUUCGCUGACAUCGAACAAACCACAAUCAACAUCGGCGAGCUUGUGGGCUGGCUCAAGCGGAAGGGUUUGGAGGUGGACCAGAGCUGGGACGCAGGUAGGUACGUGUGCGACUUUAUCUACUACGCCUCGCUCACCAACACCACCGGUGCCAAGGUGUUGUUCAUCCACGUUCCGCCGGUGGAGGAUGGCCCCGGCGUCGAAACGUGCACCGAGGUGAUUCGGAACGUGGCGUGGUAUCUCGCCACCCAGAGCAGUUGA